AAAGAAGAAGAAGAAGAAAGAUCUCAAAACCGAGUAUUCUUCUUCUUCUUCCUCCUAAACAUAUUUUUGUUGUUUUUCAAAUUGGAGGAGCUACACCAUGAAAUCGACUCACCAUCAUAGAGCUCCACUAAUUUCUGCUUCUUCCUCAUCUUCCUCUUCUUCUUCAAACCACUCUCUCGUCUCUAGGCUCCUCCUUCUUCUUACAUUACUUCCAGUUUCCCUUGCCUGUCUCGCCUUUAUCCUCCAAUGGCGAGGCGGUGGUCUCGCCGAUCCUGCCUCUGCUUCUGUUCGUUCCUCUACCUCGGUUCCUGGCGGCUCCGAUCUCAAUCACGAGGUGUUUCCCGGCAUGGAGACUGUUUCAUCUGUCUCCCCUAAGGCUCACCAAUCUUCCUCCGACUGCUCCAAUCUAGCUCGCAGCUCUUCUCCUUCCUUCCCUUACUAUGGUGAUUGGAAGUUUGGUGUUGAUACUAGUUUGAAGCCUAAGAUAUGUAUUACGACUAGUACAUCAGCUGGAUUGGAUCAGAUUCUACCAUGGAUGUUCUACCAUAAGGUUCUCGGUGUCUCCACAUUUUUCCUUUUUGUAGAAGGGAAAGCUGCUACUCCGAGUAUUUCAAAAGUGCUGGAGUCUAUUCCUGGGGUUAAAGUAAUUUACAGGACAAAAGAGCUUGAGGAGAAGCAGGCAAAGAGCCGGAUUUGGAAUGAGACGUGGCUCUCAUCUUUCUUUUAUAAGCCCUGCAAUUAUGAGUUAUUUGUCAAACAAUCUCUCAACAUGGAAAUGGCUAUUGUCAUGGCAAGAGAUGCGGGCAUGGAUUGGAUACUUCAUCUUGACACAGAUGAGCUAAUAUACCCAGCAGGUGCUCGUGAGUACUCAUUAAGACGGUUGCUGCUUGAUGUUCCUCCAAAUGUGGAUAUGGUUAUAUUUCCAAAUUAUGAAAGCAGCGUAGAACGGGAUGAUAUCAAGGAUCCUUUUACAGAGGUGUCAAUGUUCAAGAAGAAUUACGAUCAUCUUCCAAAAGAUACAUAUUUUGGAAUGUACAAAGAAGCAACACGAAAUAACCCAAAUUACUUUUUGACUUAUGGUAACGGCAAAUCGGUUGCUCGGAUUCAAGAUCACCUCCGUCCAAAUGGAGCUCACAGAUGGCAUAAUUACAUGAAAACUCCCAAUGAGAUCAAAUUGGAGGAGGCUGCUGUCCUACACUACACAUAUGCAAAAUUUUCGGACUUGACAUCCAGGCGUGAUCGAUGUGGCUGCAAGCCUACAAAAGAAGAUGUGAAAAGAUGCUUUAUGUUGGACUUUGACAGAUCUGCAUUUAUAAUUGCGUCAACAGCAACUGAAGAAGAAAUGUUAAGCUGGUAUCGUGAACACGUUGUAUGGGGCGACAAAGAGGUGAAAACAAAACUCCUUAGGAAGGGUAUUCUAACUCGCAUAUAUUCACCAAUGGUUGUUAUACAAGCAUUAAAAGAAUCUGGUGUCUUCACUUCAGUUGUCUCAUCAGUUUCAACAAAUCUUUCAAAGAAAAAUUUCUUAUCAUCAAUUCACAAAAGCAACUCAUCGAGGUCUACUGCAUCUGGGUCCCUUCCAGCAAUGGAAAACAAGUCUGAGGGCAUCUCUGCAAGGCACCUUCUUGGGGCUGAAUCAGCAGUCCCUCCUUUAUCCCCACCUGGGAUGGAACACGCUAGAUUUGUCACAGGGGAAUAGCAGAUUUUAACACCAAGCUGAUGGAUUCCCUAUUACUGAUAUUGAUACUGGGGGCAAUAUGAGUGAUGUGUAGCUUUAGGAAGCCAAGUAAAGUGAGACAAAGAAGAGGUGAAAAAAGCAGGCUUGUGUGAUUCUUCCCGAGCAUCUUGAGAGACAUAGUUUCUCUUAUCUCAGAUUACUCUCCUGCACCUUAUGAUAGAUGAGUUUGCAGCAUAUUUCUUUUGCCAUUGUUAAUUCUAUGUAAGUUUAUUACCAUGUACAGAACUUCAAAGCUCCAGGCUUAGACCCAUCUUUUUCUACUUACAUUACCAUAUAUCAUCUCAUGUUAUGGCCUCUGUAUGAGCAAGAUUAAUAUCAAACGUAUUUUAGUUCAAAUUUAA